AUGCGCACUUGCAUCGACUUCCUCCUGGCCAAGAAGCCCUCCACUGGCCGCAUUCUGGGCUGCGGUACCACCUCGCACACCACCAAGUCGGCCUCAUACCUCCUCACUUCCCCGGGCACACUUCUCUCGCCCAGGUCGUACAUCGAGUCCAUCAUGUUCGAUGUCAACCGUACGCUGUCGCGCGCCGAGAUCAUCCACACGCACAGCAGGCUUGUCGAGUGCGUCAACGACCUCGAGACCACCAUCGCCGAGUGGGUGGCAAUCCCAGAGCCAAAGCCGUGGUCGGGGCCAAUCAUGACUUUUUCAAAGUCACGUGUAGCUGAGCUGCACGAGAAUAUUGGCGUUGUUGAGUCAGCACUCGCAGAGCUGGCCGACUACGAGUGGCGAGGUACCGCGCCUAAGCGCAUCACCUUCUUGCCCAAGGAGGGCGAAAUCGAGGUUGGCCCGUUCAACCUUAUCCAUGAUAUGCAGGAUGGGCGCCUUUUUGGUGAAGCGCAGCGGUGCAUCUUGGGCCUCCGUGGCCAGAUCAACAACCCUCCCCAGACUCCGUGCGAGCCAUCCAACCCCACUUUCCCGGAUUCACCUCCUCCCCUUCCUCCUAAGGACAAGAAGAACUCGCUCUCGUCCUUCACUUCGGGUUCGCCUGAUCCUGCAUACCUCGGCGCUCCGUACACCUUCCCCCCGUCCGCUCCCUCGCUCACUACAGCCAACCACUCUCGCGUCUCCCAGACUCAGGCUCCACGUCGCGUUUUUCGCAAGGCCGUCCCAAAAGUCGAGGUGGUCCCAUCCACCUCCGCAAUCAAGGCCACCGCGAAUCCUGCAAAAAGCCGCGCGACUCCCUCUGGCCCCAGGCGACCCGCCAUAGUUCCAACCCCCUUCACCUCCCCUGGGGCUACAGACCAGCCGGCGGGCCACCACGCAAUAGGGUAUGAGCGUCGUAAGGCCAGGAGCACACUCGCAACCCCUUCCCCCACUUACUUGGGGAACAAGCCGCUUCCUGUCCCCGAGCCUAAGGCUAGCCAUGGGUUUCUCUCGCGCCUCCUCAAGCCGAGCCCCACCGAGGACGGCACCGGCGUCCUCCCCCUUACUCCGCCGGCAGUGCGCAUUGCUCGCCCCCUCACUCCGACAGACAGGUACUACCCCGGAUGGAUUGCAGGUAUAGGUGCUCAGCAGGUUCCGGGACCAUAG